AUGAUUAUAGCUGUUGUUGGGUGCACACAUGGUGAGCUGAAAUUCAUUUAUGCAACAAUUGAAAAGCUAGAGAAAGACAAUAAUUUCAAGGUAGAUUUACUAAUCUGUUGUGGAGAUUUCGAAUGCGUUCGAUAUGGAAUAGACAAUGAGUGUUUAAAUGUACCUAAUAAAUACAAAAAAGAAGAAAAUGAUUUCAGAGAUUAUUUUACAGGAAAAAAAAAGGCAAAAGUAUUAACUAUAUUUGUAGGUGGGAAUCAUGAAGCUGUAAAUGUUUUAAAACAACUUUAUUAUGGUGGAUGGGUAGCUCCAAAUAUAUACUUUUUAGGGUACUCAAAUAUACAUAAUAUAAAUAAUUUCCGCAUAUGCAGCCUUAGUGGAAUAUAUAAAAAAUAUAAUUUUUAUAAAAAAUAUUAUGAACAUUAUCCAUAUAAUGAAAUAAGUAAAGUAAGUUCAUAUCAUGUUCGAAAGUAUGAAAUUGAAAAAUUAAAAUUAAUAAGAGAAAAAGUAGAUAUAGUUAUUACGCAUGAUUGGCCAAACAAUAUUGAAAAACAUGGGGAUGUAAAUGAUCUCGUGAGGAAAAAAUUUCAUUUUCAUUCAGAUGUAUACAAUAAUACCCUUGGAAAUCCACAUACUGAAUUUUUAUUAAAUAAAUUGAAACCACAUUUUUGGUUUUCUUCUCAUUUACAUGUAAAAUAUUCAGCUAUUUUUUUACAUAAUGAUAAAAAAAAUUACACACGAUUUCUUUCAUUAGAUAAGGCUGAACCAAGAAAACACUUUAUCCAAAUUUUGAACAUUGAGAAAAGGAACAACAUACCAUAUCUUAGGUUUGACCAUUUGCCUAAGUCUACAGCUAAUAACGACACAGAUGGAAAAAGUGUUUUUUUCAAUGAAGAUUAUGAGAAACUUUUGCAGCAUGUGGAAGAUGUGCAGCGGAGAGAUGCCGAGGAGGAUGCAAAGGCUGACACAGACAAGGUAGAUGCAAAGGCUGACACGGAUAAGGUAGAUGCAAAGGCUGACACGGAUAAGGUAGAUGCAAAGGCUGACACAGACAAGGUAGAUGUAAAGGGUGACACAGACAAGGUAGAUGUAAAGGGUGACACAGACAAGGUAGAUGUAAAGGGUGAUACAGACAAGGCAGAUGCAAAGGAUAAGAAUUGCAAGAAUCCAGAUGAUGGCAUACGUGGAAGCAAAGUUGUUCCUAAGUUAAACGAGAAAGGUGCAACACAAUCGAACGAUCAGCUUAACAACAAGGAAUGGGAAGGAGCAGAAGCAGGAAAUGUAGAAGCAGGGAACACAGAAGAAGGGAACACAGAAGAAGGGAACGCAGAAGCAGGAGGAGAAACAAAUGGAGGCAAGGACCCCAGCGAGGAGCGUAAGCAAUUUUACAUAUGCUAUGACGAAGAGUGGCUAGCCAUUUUAAAAGCCAACCACCAUCUUAUUUCAGUGAGUAAUAACAAGGAUUACAAUUUGGAGAAACUGAAAUAUCCAUCGAAAGAGGACUUUGAAUAUAUUAAUGAAAAAUUGAAAAAACUUGAAAAAAUAUCAAUCAAAGGUAAGGAUUAUUAUUGUGUCCACGGUUACAAAAACCCAAGUUAUAAACAUUUAUGGGAGCAAAGACAGAUAUUUCUAAACCGUUUCGAUUUUCAAGAGCUGAAUAUAUAUAACGAAUUUGAAAAGGACUUUUUUGCAGAGGAGGUGAGGAAGAUAGAAGCUGGACUCCCGUUGGAAGAACCAAAGGUGGUUGAAGAUGAUGAAGUGGGAGAAUAUGGAGAAGCAGAACAUGUGGAUGAAAUGAGUGUAGUAGAGAACAAUGGUCAGUAUAAUCAGUUUAACCAAUAUAAUCCAUAUGACCUGCACAGUCAGCAUAAUCCGUAUGAUCUGCACAGUCAGCAUAGUCCAUAUGACCUGCACAGUAAGCAUAAUCUGUAUAAUCUGCAGCACAGUCAGCAUAAUCCAUAUGAUCUGCACAGUCAGAACAAUCCGUAUGAUCUGCACAGUCAGAACAAUCCGUAUGAUCUGCACAGUCAGAACAAUCCGUAUGAUCUGCAAAGUCAGAAGAAUCAACUUAAUCAGCAUAAGCUGUAUGAUCCAAUAGGCGAAAAUGAGGAUAGUAACCCGAACGUGCAGAGUAUACCCAAUUCUGAAAAUGUACCUGGCGUCGAAGGUACUAAUGAGACCACAUAA